AGAAGAACAAAAGCAAAUACAACGACGAAGAAGAGCGUGUGGCUGUAGUCUGCGUUAAGAAAAGAUUGUUCCGGGAUAUAACUUAAGCGGAUCUGAAAAAACCGAAGGACAAUGACUCGCCAUGGAAAGAACUGCACAGCUGGAGCUGUCUACACGUACCACGAGAAGAAGAAGGAUACAGCGGCCUCUGGUUACGGGACACAAAGUGUUCGACUUGGCAGAGAUGCAGUCAAAGACUUUGACUGCUGCUGCCUGUCCCUGCAGCCCUGUCGGGAUCCUGUGGUCACUCCAGAUGGAUACCUCUAUGAAAAACAGGCCAUUCUUGAAUAUAUUCUUCACCAAAAGACACAGAUUGCCAAAAAAAUGAAAGCGUACGAGAAACAGAAGCAGGCGCAGAGGAGCAGCAACCAACUUGAGUCCAAGUCAGAAGAGCGAGAGAGAGUGGAGAGGUUUAAAACAAAGGAGAACAGCAUUGUAUCUAAACCUAUCAACCCCUUCACAUCUGGUAAGAACGUUGGAAGUGAGAAGGACGGGACACAGAGCAGCCCUGGAGAAUUAUCCAGUGCUGCCACAGCUGCAAGUUCCAGCCAGAGCCUGCCCAGUUUUUGGAUUCCCUCACUGACACCAGAGGCCAAGCCCACUGCUCUCAAGAAACCAAGCAAGACUGUGUUAUGUCCAAUGUCUGGAAAACCCAUUAAGAUGAAUGAGCUUAUCACAGUGCGUUUCACCCCCUUGGACCCAAGUCUGGAUCGAGUUGCCCUGCUCACCCGCCAGGACAGGUACAUAUGUGCAGUGACCAGAGACGUCUUGGGCAACAGUGUUCCCUGUGCUGUUCUUCGACCAUCGGGCGCUGCGGUGACGCAGGAGUGUGUGGAGAAGUUGAUCAGAAAGGACAUGACUGAUCCUCUGACGGGAGACAAACUUUCUGAAAAAGACAUUAUUCCACUGCAGAGGGGUGGAACCGGCUUUGCAGGUUCUGGGAUUGACCUCACGGCCAAAGAGGCUCGUCCAGUGAUGCAAGCGUGAGGUGACCGAAGACUCCACAGUGGUGCUCAUUGUGUAACUUUCUAACUUACUAUAUAAUGUCUUAUAUGACUUUUUGUUUGAUAGCAUUUCCUCCUGAAUGUAUUUUUAUUUUGCUGGAAAAUGCUUCCACUGACUGUACAACACAGAUUUGCUGAAACUGCCAUCCAAAUGUUUCCUUUAAAUAAAAUCAGCAUUUAAGGCUUAAAUCCA